AUGGGAAGCGCUAGUACAAAUCCAGCUGGAGCUCCCAUGUUCCCAGAGGGUCUGAUCACCCACCUCAGUGUCGAGAAACGCGAUAUCGACACGGCAUCGGGUAGAGGUUGGUCACGACAUCGACACGCUCAAGUGUCGUUGAAGAUGCGUCACAAUACAGCAAAAAUCGUGGUCGAUUCAAGGUGGACAUCACGUGAUGUGUCGACCGUGGUGGCGGCAAUGAGCGUCUAUCGUAAGACGAUACUCGAGGCCACGAUCGACGCACCGAUCGCUGAAUUGCUGGUCGUCUCAUUGUCGGCCCUUGACCUGAAUCGAUGGUAUGCCUUCCAAUGUUUUAUGAAGGCGAUGGACGUGUUCGAUGAGGACAUGCAUAUGGACUGUGAUUUUGUGAACCCUGGACAGGUCUACUGGCCCAAUAUCCAGAACCUUACCGUCCGUACCACCGAGCAACAAGCGCCACAUCUAGCCAGGUAA